GCGACGUCACCUUCAGCCGAAUUGCCCACGUCGCUGAUCCUAGCAUAAGUGUGAAGUGAACUUUUAGAUAGAAUGUUUCUCAUGAAUUUGCACAACUUCUUCCUGCUCUUUUAAGUAUCAGAAACUUUGUAACGAGAGCGAAGGAAAUGUAAAAAGUUGAUUAAGUGGAUUUUAUGUUUGAAAAGAACCAGCAGAACUACGUGUAAACUUCCAGCCAAUCCGGUCGAGGCCACAGGAGAGGCAACACGUCGUCGCCGAGUGCUAGUUAAAAAAUAACUAAUAAGAAAUGGGUUCCGGAGAAGGAAGUGGUGUAGGUGGUGGUACGGGUGCAGGUGCCGGGGCAGGAGGCUCGACAGGAACCACAGGGUCAGGGGGUACACUAUGGCUUGUCCUCUGGCUCCUUUUGCUGGUUUUCGCUGCACUCUGGGUCGCUGGGUUCUGUGCAUGGUGGUACAUCAUGCUCAUCCCCUUCACAGUGUGCUUGCCACCAUUAGCGGCUGUCACUGAUGUUUUGCUUCGCGGAACGCAGCUGACAUAUUUCUGUGCUAAGAACAUGAUGGAACGCAACAACUUCAGUGAAGCGAUGGCAAAUGCUGCCACCACAGUUCCUCCUACAGUUCUUGUUGUACAGAGCUAGACUUUGGUAUUGAAAGAGCAAUAUUAUUAUUAUUAUUGUUGUAUUUUUUUCAUAAGUAUUUCCUCAAGUUCUAUGUUCCACAAACUGAAAAGAAUUUUUUUUAACACAUCUUGUAUAAAGAUGUAUGAAUUAUAGGGUGUAGUAGUUCCCUGUGAUUAUAUCUAAAACAAGAUAUUGCACAGUAAUUUUCCUCCAUCAGAUGGAUGCUAUGAAAAAAUACAUUUCAGUUGAAGGGAAGACCAAGUUUUAAUGAGAUUAUAUGAUAACUUUCUUAGGUGCCAAAUUUGCAUACUUGUCUGGUCUAGCUGGAAUAUAGCCUAGAGGAGUACUUACCUUUUUUUUUUACCAUCUCCGUAUCUCAUAAAUUAUUGCUCAUUAUUUCAUGUUCAAUUUAAAAAGUUGCUUUCUGAUGUACAUGCAUUUAUUUUCAGAAGUUUGCUCUUUGUAAACUGUUUUCUUGCCUUUUCAAUGCUACUCAGAGUUUGAUUUAGUCACUAAGCUGUCUCUAAUGUUCAUAUGCAGUCCUUUAUGAAUGUUAUGUACAGGAGAAUAGAUGUUGCAUUUUUGUUAAAAGCUGUUACACUGUUAAUAAUUUUUAUUUGAAUUCUUUGCAGUAGAUAUCCAGCAACUGAAAGAAAUGCUUCAGUCUUCCAAUUGCUUCUAGAAAUUUCACACUGAAUCUUUUGUAAUACCUAAUAUUGUUGAUUAUUAAAAGUCUAUUUUGGUUAAUACUUAGACAAGUCAGAAGUUUGUAGAGAGGUUUAAAUAUUUUUAAUAUUUUUUUCUUGACUAAUGAUAAUAGGGAAAAUGAUUGAAAAGGGAAAUCACAAUAAUAUAGAAAAAUAUGAAUGCUGCAUUUCCAUAAAUGAUAGAAUAUAUACACAUUUUAAUUUUUUAUGCUUUAAAUUUAUUUUUUCAUAUCCAUGUUCUCUGAAACCAUGCAAAAUAAUAUACAAUUUAGUGCUUUAAGCAAAUACCAACCUUGUAACAAGGUAUUGUUUGAAUUUUUUUUUUUUUUUUUUUUUUUUUUUAUACCAUUUUGCAUAAACAAAUGGUAUUUCUCAACUGCACAAUAUGUUAAUAGAAGCCACAUAUUGGUACUUUCAACACUUCUAUAUUAAAGUUCAAAUAUAAUUUUAUAUAAGUUUAAGGAUUUGAAAGUUUUGCAUACAACUUUUUCAAUUUGGUAUUUGUACUGACAUACAAGAGAAUGAAAGCAUUUUAUUUGGAGAUAAUUUUCUACUUCUGAAAAAAGCAAACCUUUUUAUUCAAUAAGUGAACUGCCAUUAUUAUAGUAAGAGGAUAAUAUACAGGGAAUUUACCUCUGUUAUUCUUGUUAUAUUAAAGAAACAAAGCAAAAUCAUCUUUUCAGUUGAAAAUGAUUCUUCUAACCAGUGUCAUUUUUUAUACCUAGUAUGUAGUGUGAGUCUACUAAUUAAGCAAUUACAGAACAUUUGCAGGUCCAUUUGGGUUAUUUAAUUAUUUGUUUGUUAAAUUUCUAUCUCACUUUAAAAACAAGCCAAUGUUCUGUAAUUUCCUUUGUAAUUGAAGGCACAAGUCAAUCAGAAAGAUGCUUUUAUUUAGACUGCCAUAUGUAGUAUGGAGAAAGUCAGGACGAAAGAAAAUGCUGUUUCUGUUUUUCUGUUUAAACAUUGUUCCUGACUAUGAUGCACAAGUGCACUAUAGUUUGAAUUAUACUAAUAAGUUUUAGCCAUCAUUGCUGUGUAAGUUAUAAUGAAGCUCCAUUUAUGAAUGAA